AGACAAGGGAGGAGGAGAGGGAGGAGUCCUCUGGGUCUGGGUCUUGGGUGCUCCUGGGUCCUCUUUCUUUCUUCCCGGCGAGCGAGCAGCUUGUUGAGAUGGGGCGCGGGAAGAUCGAGAUCAAGAGGAUCGAGAACUCGUCCAACCGCCAGGUGACCUUCGCCAAGCGCCGGGCCGGGCUGGUGAAGAAGGCCCGCGAGAUCGGCGUGCUCUGCGACGCCGAGGUCGGCGUCGUCAUCUUCUCCAGCGCCGGCAAGCUCUACGACUUCUGGACGCCCAAGACCACGCUGCCGAGGAUCUUGGAGAAGUACCAGACCAACUCCGGCAAGAUCCUCUGGGAUGAGAAGCACAAGAGCAUCAGCGCCGAGAUCGACAGGGUGAAGAAGGAGAACGACAACAUGCAGAUCGAGCUCAGGCAUAUGAAAGGCGAGGAUGUGAACUCCCUGCAGCCCAAGGAGCUGAUCGCCAUCGAGGAGGCGCUCACCAACGGCCAGACCAACCUCAGGGACAAGAUGAUGGACCACUGGAAGAUGCACAGGAGGAAUGAGAAGAUGCUGGAGGAGGAGCACAAGCUGCUGGCUUUGAGGAUGACAUGCAUCAGCUUUUGCCAACUAGUGAAAUGGAGCAUAAUCAGGGCAUGUACAAUGGUGGCAUAUGGAUACAGAUGGCUCAGGACAAAAAGUAAUUUGAGGCCACCAGCAGGACGACCUGAGCAGCGGCAUGAGGGAGAUGGAGCUCGGGUACCAUCAGGGUAGGGAUUUCACUUCCCAGAUGCCGUUCACCUUCCGGCUGCAGCCCAGCCACCCCAACUUGCAGGAAGACAAGUAGGCCAUCGAAUCCUGCCGUGGCCUGUGUGAACUGAAGCUCCUCUACCUGCAGGCCACAACUGCUAGCUUCAAUUUCCGUGUGCAACCUUAAAUGUAUCUUCCUUUUCAUGUCUGGCCUGAUGAACUUAACACCGCUAGUUGCUUCCCAACACAUAACUUUUAACUAAGACAGUUCCUGUCCCUGUCAAGAUGCUUGUAUAAUUGCUGCCUAUCCUGAUUACAGUGUGUCUUGUUAGUGAUGAUGGCCAAGGUGCGAAA